ACCGAUCCCUAGACGCGGCAACACGGUUUCCAGUCGCAAGCGCCGUCAAACUUGCCGGCAUCUUCACCGUUAAAGUGGGGUUAACCGCACGUAAACAAACCCUCAAAGGGGCCCCAGUCCACUAGCGAUGGAGGAGUUCAGGAAAAUCAACUGGCGACUGCACGACCUGUCACUGCUCGAGCCCCAACCGGACUUCCUCAGCGAAGCGGUGCUGGCCGACUCGCUGCUGUACCGGCGGCUCGCCGAGCCGGCAGUGUUCCACCCCACCCGCCCCAAGCUGAAGGGGCUGUUCGCGCCCGUGCCGUACAUCCCGGGGCCCGGCAAGGUACACACCUACGGCAAGCCGUCGCUGCUGGACGCGUGGACGCAGGACAAGUGCCUGCAGGCGCAGCAGCUGCUCAAGAGCGGAAAGGACCCGAUCAGCUACACGAAAAGCGAGCAGUUCUACGUGGGGGUUUAUCACGCGAACGUGGCGAAGAUCCAGGAGGAGCAGGCCCGGUUCCAGAAGUACGCCCAGGCGCAGUGGGCGCGCUUCGCGGAGAAACGGGCGCAGCCCCAAGUGUUGGUGGACUUUGGCAGGGCGUGCUGGCUGUCCAGGUGGCAGCGCCUGCGGCGCUACCCGCGCUUUUACAGAUCGCUGACCUCCACCCAGCUCAGCUUCAAUGAGCUGGACAGCGAGGUGCAGUUCCAGUGCUGGACCAACGCCCUUGACCUGGGGGCGCUGGCGCGCCUGUCCUGCCCGCUGCUCAAGAGCCCGCUGUUCCUCAAGCCCUCCGCCCUGCCGGGGGCCACAGCCCCCUCUCCGUCGGACCAGCCAGUGAGCGAGGACAGCAACGUGCCUCCAUUGCUGGACGCGCACCCGCAGGUGGGGCUGGUGGCCUCCCUGGCCACCCUCCAGUGCCUGGCGGACUCGCAGGACCCCAAGCGGCGCUGGAUGGUGCCGGUGGAGAUCCGGGCGCGCGCCCACAAAACCGUGGCCUUCCUGGACGAGCCCUUCGAGGACUACGAAGUGUCCCCGUUGGACCUGACCGGGCGCAGCUACCAGGAGUUGCUGCGGACCCAUUUGUGCCGGCAGCACGGCAUCAGGUUUGCGCGCAGCGAAGCCCCGGACGAGCCGGGCGAGGGGCGCAUCCACCACAAUGUCUGCUACAAGGUGUGGAACGUGAAGAAGACCUGCUGCCAGGGGAACCUGAUGAAAAGCAGCCACAAGCCGGUGGAGCUCAACGUGCUGGUGCGGGGGCGCAUGGACGCAUGCGAGGUGGGCGCCAACGGCGCCCUGUGCCCAGUGGUGCUGCGCCCCCGGCUGGAAACCGAGCUGCAUUACGGGGCGCAGCUCUCCAGCCAGAGCCAGCUGUGCAGGGAGUGGACGCAACUGUUCUUCACCCCCUUYUCCAGCCUCUGUCGCGUGCGGAUCGCGCCCUCCAGCGGCGAGGUGAUCGACGUGGAGCGCUGCAGCAUCCAGGGGGUGGCCGCCGAGUCUCUGCGCGUCCACCAGCACAAGCCGCAGCUCGCCCUGGGCACGCUGCAGGCGGUGUUCGAGCGCGUGGCCGCGCUGGCGCCCGGCCGCUACUUGCUGCAGCACCUGCCCAAGCACCACACCUUCGUCGCGGUGCUGCAGCAGGCCGACGAGGGGGGCGACGCGUUCGACCUACACGCGGAAAUGGACCACACCAAGACGAACGCGCCCCAUGAGUGGACGCCGCUGGACCCCCACUUCCAGCUGCCGCAGUUCCGCGCGCUCAACCGCAUGCCCUGCAUGUUCACCCCGAAGCCCACCGCGCCCCCCAAACAGAACCCGUAGCAAUUACAAAACGUUUUAUUCUGGU